AACGCGGAGACCAAGGCCAUUGCCAAGCCCACAGCCUUCAAGGGAGAACGCAGCGAUGCCCGCCGCUUCCUAGCAUACUUCCAGAUCUGGGCAAAGGAACAGGGCCGCCCUCUCAACCUCGCGGGCGUACGCCAAGACCGCCUUUGGAUCAAGGCCGCCCUCUCCCUGAUUGAGGGAGACGCCGCCACCUGGGGCCGUCGCUACGUAGAAGACAUUGCGUCUCAUGAGGCCGGAGGAGUCAACGCACCUGCCUUCCCCUUCUCCGAGUCGUGGACCACCUUUGUAGACAACUACAAGGUCCGCUGGCAGGCCCAAGACGAGGAAGCGGAGGCACGACAUGCCCUAGACAAGCUGUCCCAGGGCACCCUUGGGGUGGCAGACUAUGCGGCCCGGUUCCAAGACCUGGCCUCCCGCACCGGCUACUCCGACGCCGACCUCCGUGUCCGCUUCUACGCGCGACUCUCCAACGCCAUCAAGACCCAGCUGCUACCAGUUGAGCUUGCGCAUGGCAAGCCAACUGACCUCAACACGCUGGUCAAACGAGCGUGCAAAGCCCAGGACUUGCUCGAUGAACUCCGCGUGGAGACAGGAGGCUACACCUCGCGCCGCUAUGGCAACACGCCCCAGGCCGCCCCUCGCCCCGCGGCCGACCCCUACGCUAUGGAGGUUGACGCUACGCGCACGGGAAACAGGAAGACCCGAGAGGAGUUCCAGCGCGCCAUGACCGGCCGCUGCUUCGGCUGCGGGUCCAAGGAGCACCUGAAGCGAGACGGGAACCACCAGACCGACCGUUGCGGCUAUUGCAGUCGCACGGGGCACAAGGAGACGGUUUGCGAGGACAAGUACCUCGGCCGGGAGCGUAACCGA